AAGAGGAGUCCUGGACUGCGCCUGGGCGCACUGGAUAGCGCGCCGAGCUCAGCACAGCGCAUCCGAGCCCAGCCCGGCCCAGUCCUGCAGAGCACUCCCUCCGCCUCCCUUCUCUCCAGUCCUUCCUUUCCGGUGGCGGCCGCAGGACAGACCAUGGCGCUGGGCUGCCCGGGCCUGGGGCUCCUGCUGCUGCUGCUGCUGCUGGGGCCCGGACAGCUACGGGCUAAACCCACAGUGCGCAAGGAGCGCGUGGUGCGGCCCGAUUCGGAUCUGGGCGAGCGGCCCGCCGAGGACAACCAGAGCUUCCAGUACGACCACGAGGCCUUCCUGGGCAAGGAGGAAUCCAAGACGUUUGAUCAGCUCACUCCGGAGGAGAGCAAGGAGAGGCUGGGAAAGAUUGUUGGCAGAAUAGAUAGUGAUGGAGAUGGCUUUGUCACCACUGAGGAGCUGAAAACUUGGAUCAAACGGGUACAGAAACGAUACAUCUAUGAGAAUGUGGCAAAAGUCUGGAAAGAUUAUGAUCGGAACAAAGAUGAUAAGAUUUCCUGGGAAGAGUAUAAGCAGGCUACAUAUGGCUACUACUUGGGGAACCCAGAAGAAUUUCGAGAUGGAGCUGAUCAACACACUUUUAAGAAGAUGCUGCCCCGUGACGAGAGGAGGUUCAACAUGGCUGACCUUGAUGGUGAUAAAGCGGCUACUCGAGAGGAAUUCACUGCCUUUAUGCACCCGGAGGAGUUUGAGCACAUGAAAGAUAUUGUGGUCUUGGAGACAUUGGAAGAUAUUGACAAGAAUGGGGAUGGAUUUGUAGAUCAGGAUGAAUACAUCGCUGAUAUGUUUGCCCAUGAGGAGAAUGGCCCAGAGCCGGACUGGGUGGUCACUGAACGGGAGCAGUUUUCAGAUUUCCGGGAUUUGAACAAGGAUGGGAAAAUGGACAAAGAGGAGAUUCGGCACUGGAUUCUUCCCCAAGAUUAUGACCAUGCCCAAGCGGAGGCAAGGCAUUUGGUGUAUGAGUCUGACCAGGACAAGGAUCAGAAGUUAACCAAAGAAGAGAUACUGGAGAACUGGAACAUGUUCGUCGGCAGCCAGGCCACCAACUAUGGGGAAGACCUCACAAAGAAUCACGAUGAGCUGUGAUGCUCCCUCUCCAGAGAAUCUCAGACUCUGACCAGCUUCCUUGCUGGCUGCCACGGUCGCCAUGGUCUUCUAAUUUGCACCAGCGUGUCCCCAGCCAAGCAGUUUUAUUACCUCAACAUGGGGAUGAAAAAUAGUCUGUUACCUGGGAUUUCACCCAAAGAGAUUUAGGCCUCACUAUUGUCUUAGUUAGAUUUCUCUCAAAAUGUCUUCCGUUCUCAGUCGAUGGCGAUGUCGUUUGGGGAAUGUACUUUGACAACACAGCUCUCUGAAAGGAUUUUUUUCUUUCUUUUUUUUUUUCCUAAAUAGAGGGGAAUAAAAUUUGGAUAGGGCCAAGACAUUCCAUCAAAUCACUUAGAAUUGUAGGGCGUGGGGUCCAGAAUGAAUAUGGUCUUUGAACAGCCCUUUGGACGAGGAAAGGAAAGCUCUCAAGUUGAUAGUUAUCUUUCAUCAUUGUAGAUAGGUCCUCUGGAAAGCUUCCUUUGGAAAUCUCUCUUCCAUCUGAACUUGAUAACGUGAGCUGUUACUAUAAAUGUCUAUAAUCUUUGUA